UGUCACGUCCUCGUUCCCACACCGCAGACGGAGCUCAACACGCCAGCAACUUGUGCGGCCGCCCCGAUCCCGGUGCGGGCGCUACAUCGCUCCGGCGGCACAGACCCCGGCCGCUGCAUCCCUCCCGCAUGUCCCGGCCGGUCACCCUCAGCAACUUGGAAUCUCCACUGAUGCCCGAAGUCCCACAGCGCCAAGGCAGCAGCACAGACAGUUCUGCAAGCAGUUUGGGAAGCUCUGUCACAGCAUGUAAGAAGAUUCUCUGCAGUAACAGUCUACUAGAAUCAACAGACUACUGGCUGCAGAAUCAGAGGACACCAUGCCAGAUUGGCUUUCUAGAAGACAAGCCGGAAAGCAACUGUGCCUCAGUUUGUUUUGUGAAUUUAGAUGCCAACAGAGAUGACUGCAGCGAUGAGCAAGUGAAACAGAAGUUGAUCAGCGUCUCACCAAACCUCCCUAAACUCAUCAGUUCGAUGAACGUUCAGCCACCAAAGGAAAAUGAAAUAGUCCUGCUGAGUGGAUUAGCAUCAGGAAACCUUCAGGCCGAUUACGAGGUUCCCCAGUGUCCUUGGAUGGCAGAUGUCUGCUUGGUUCAGUGUGCGAGGGGGGACAGGAGAAACAGCGCAAGCUGCAUCAUUUUUGAAAUAAACAAGUUUCUGAUUGGACUUGAGCUCGUUCAGGAGAGGCAGCUGCAGAUAGAAACCCGUGUCUUAAAGCCAGAGGAUGACACAAACUGCUCUGUGUCCUCAAUAGAGGAAGAUUUUCUCACGGCAUCGGAGCACCUCGAGGAUGACAACGAGGCUGAUGAAUACAAAGCUGGUCAUGAAAAAGUAAAUGUUCCCGAAGCAUCUUCAGAUGUCAAAAAAAAUAAAGGAAAGGGAUUUGAAAAUAUUCACUACAGAAAAGCCAGGUUGCCAUUCAUCCUUGAAGGGAAUUGCAUUAAUAAAGAUAAUGGAGCUACUCAAGUCUCUGAAGCUGUGAAUGUUGUGGCUGAAGAUGGCCUCUUACAACCUGAAGAUAAGUCAGACCAGGAAGUACCGUGGCAGAAGGAAUUAGCUGAAAAAGCUACUUCAUCAUUUAGUACUACUAAUUUGACUGGUGAGGUUGAAAAUUCUCGCCCAGCCCUCAUGUUAGAAGAUGUAUCUUUGACCAAAAUGGCUAAAGAGGAGCCGGAACCUCUGUGUGACCCAACAACAAAACACAACAGUGAGACAGAUGGGGAAGACUGUGCAGGUAUCGGGAAGACUGAUCCUCCCUCACAAAAUGAGCAGGGGACCACGGGUCAGUACGCCACAAAUUUGGCAGAAUCUGUUCUGCAGGAUGCAUUCAUCAGGCUGUCACAGUCUCGACCCAGCUUCAGUGAGGAGGCUGCAGUCAGCAUCUCUGUAGGAAGCUCCUGUAAGUCAGAAGAUGCAUCUGCUUCCCGGUUGUGGAACGAACUUCCAAAGAUUGUCAUAGUGCAAAGUCCAGACAACUCUGAGAACAUUCCUGACUGGCCAGGGCCUGCCUUCCCCAGCCUGUGCCACUGGACCGAGUCAGAAAGCUCUGCUGAAGUUUCGGAUUACUUUGAGGAAGAACACGCGAACGGACACGACCAAAGUGCGCUGGAAGUGGCUCUGGCUUGUGCAGCCACUGUCAUUGGAACCAUUUCCAGCCCCCAGGCUGCGGAAAAAUUCAGGCGGGACCAAGAAGUCGCAGACUUGAGGAGCAGAGCGGUUGUAGAUGAAGAGGUGCACGCAGCACCCUCACAGCUCCUUGAUGACUCUGCUGACACCGAGUAUUCCUUUCCAUCUGCGCUGUGUGGCAUGACUCAAGUAGCAAGCGCUGUGGCCAUCUGUGGUCUGGGGGAAACGAAGGAGGAGAAGUACCCUGCGACCUCAAGUGGACUUCUAUCUGCUGCUCAGGCCUCUGCAGCCAUUACUCUGCACUGCAGCAUAGCUAUAGGGAGCAGCAUGGAAAAGCUAAACGAGAGCAUUGCAGAGGCGCUUCUCAAAGAGGCGUCCGUCAUUCUGACAAAGCCCGACACGUACAAAAACGUAGGGCAUUUUAUGGAAUCCAUAAACGGGAAAAUUAUCGAAACAGCAACGAGGCCGCGUGUUCCGCACGCUGAUGAGGUAACCAGGGAUGAACUCGCGCAAAACUUAUCCAAUAUUAUCCUACGGCAUUCUAUGGAAGAGGUCAGGAAGAAGAGGCAGCUGCAUCCCCGUUCAGAAAACGGCUCAAGUGCACAAGACAUUUUCACAGAGACUGCAAACGAGUUGCUUUUUAAUAUAAUAUAUUUCACUUGCAAGAAGAUGAGCGACAUAAGGCAAGUGGAAGAGUGUUCCCCUCUCUUUUCCGAGGGCAGAAAAGCGGAGAAGGUAACGAGAGCAGAAGGAUGGUCAACACCAGCAACAGCACGUGAAACUUCCCACAGCCCCCUUGAUCACCCUGCUGCUAAGCCAUUCGGUACAUCCUACAGCACCACUACUAGCAAAGAUCUUGGAAGUGUCACAAGCACUUGGAAAAGUAAUAUGAAAGAUGUAAAUAGCAAUGAAGGGGCCACGCUGAGCUCAGAACCAAGUGGAGAUACGGAGGAUAACACACUCGAUGGAAAAUCAUCUCCCAAGAAGAGAUACCUGAAAAGAACCGCACGAGACUGUUACAAAUCACCGAAUCAGAGCAACAGUCAGCACCAGAAGAAAGAUUACAGAUCGUUUUCGGACAGAGAAAAUAGCUUUGCAAACAACGAAUGCAGACAUGGUGUUCAAGAACAGCUGUCUUCCAGCGCCACCACGAAUGCAGAAAACCAAGCCAAGCAUAAGUGUGAUUCUGUGCUGAAUAACGAUGUCCAGCUUAGCUUGUCUUUAUUAGGAAACCACGUCCUGCUUCCUUCUCAGCCUGUACUACAGGUGAAAAAUUCAAGAGACAAAUAUUGUAUAGCAGAUUUUGCAGAAGAAUUGGCAGAAACAGUUGUUUCCAUGGCAACAGAAAUAGCUGCCAUUUGUCUGGAGAAUUCAAAUGGAAAGCAACCCUGGUUCUGUGCAUGGAAGAGAGGCAAUGAAUAUCUAGUGACCCAGAGUUUGUCAUGCAGAACCAUGAAAAGGAAAAAGGAAACCCAUACUAAUGGUUCAGUGGUUCGGAAGCACAGGGCACCUCGACUGAGCGAGAUCAAAAGAAAAACAGAUGAGCAUCCUGAGCUAAAGGAAAAGCUGAUGAAUCGGGUAGUAGAUGAAUCUAUAAACCUCGAGGACACACCUGAUUCAGUCAACAUCUUUGCAAAUGAAGUGGCUGCCAAGAUCAUGAACCUCACCGAGCUCUCCAUGGUUGACAGCAUCUGGCAAGGUCCAAACCACCCCAGGAACAGACUGCACUGUGAAAGAUGGAGCCGAGCCAAGGCCUCAAGCUGUGAGAGCAUUCCAGAGGAGGACUCAGAUUCCAAAGCCUCUAUCCACACCCUGGGCCUCAUGAACAGCUUUGGUCAGUCUUUGAGCCAGACAAGCUCUGUCUCAAAGCAGUCUAGCUGUGAAAGCAUUACAGAUGAAUUUUCUAGAUUUAUGGUGAACCAGAUGGAAAAUGAAGGGAGAGGUUUUGAUUUGCUACUGGAUUACUACGCGGGAAAAAACGCCAGCAGUAUCUUGACUUCCGCUUUGCAACAGGUAGCCAAGAAAAACGGCCAUCUGAACGUACGACCAAGCUGCCCGUCCAAACAGUCCAGCACAGAAAGUAUAACAGAAGAGUUUUACAGGUACAUGCUCAGAGAAAUCGAAAGGGAAAACAAAGAUAACCUGUCCUCCCCCCGGAACUCGAAGGACUGGUGUGACAGUUUGCUACCGCCCUCUCUACGGUCACCGUUUUGCUUUAGGCAGUCGUCGAUGCCUGACAGCAGAUUGUCAGGCUCCAGGCUUACAGUUAGUGUCCCAGUUAAGGCGAAUUCCUUGGACGGAUUCGCCCACCAUCGCCAGGACUCCUUAAGCGUUCAGCCAGCCAGUGCCGUGGCUUCUUCAGGUCUUUGCAAGUCUGACUCGUGCCUGUACCAAAGAUGCAAGACCGACCAGAUAACAGACAUGUUGAUUCACGAGACGUGGGCGAGCUCCAUCGAAUCUCUGAUGCGGAAGAACAAAAUCAUAGCGGAUGAGGCAGAGCCUGCAGAGGCAGAGCAGUUCUACAGCGAUUCCCCACCCCACGUGGAACAAUAUGCAAAAAGACUGGCUGCAAAUAUUGUUGAAAGCGGCAAGAGUUUAAUUGUUGUCCAGCAGGAUUCCUGCGACCACACCAGCCGAGAGCACGUGCCGGAAAGCAAACGCCCCCAGAGCACAGCUCAGACACAGUCAAAACCCAAAACGGAAGAAGUGAGUUUGGAUGAGAAAAAAGAGCAGGUGAAGAGCCCUGGGAGCCUCCCUGCAGGUCAGCACAGGGAAGUGCCUUUAAUUCAGAUAGAAACGGAUCAACGGGAUGAGCCACACAAAGACUCAGAGUCCUUAACUUCGCGUGGCCCCUCUGGAAAGGAGCAUCAAAGCAAAGAAAAGCCUCCAGAAGCUUUGGAUGGAAAACACGCCGUUUCCAGUUCCCCAGCAAACAGCAACAGCCCCCAGAGCAGGUCGGAUGCAGAAAUCAUAGGAGAGACAAAAACAGCUGAAGAAUUCUCAAACCAUCUCAGCAGCAGUGAAGAAAGCACUGGCAGCUGGUCCCAGCUAGCUAAUGAUGAGGACAACCCUGACGACACAAGCAGCUACUUGCAACUGAGCGAGCGAUCCAUGAGCAAUGGCAACAGCAGUACAACUAGCAGUCUUGGCAUUAUGGACCUGGAAAUUUAUCAGGAGAACGUGCCAUCUUCUCCUAUGAUUAAUGAAUUAGUAGAAGAAAAGGUUUUCCUUAAAGAACAGACAGAAAAUACAGACGAAAGUACUUCUGAGCUUUCAGUGGGAACAGCCAACUGCCAAAAGGACCUAUUGGUGAUAAACUUUGAUCUGGAACCGGAGUGCCCCGAUGUGGAGCUGCGAGCCACCCUGCAGUGGAUAGCUGCUUCUGAGCUGGGAAUCCCAACCAUCUAUUUUAAGAAAUCUCAGGAAAACAGAAUCGAAAAGUUUUUGGAUGUUGUGCAGCUGGUUCAGCGCAAGUCCUGGAAGGUGGGGGAUAUUUUCCACGCCGUGGUGCAGUACUGCAAGCUCAGCGAGGAGGGCAGGGAGAUGACACCCAGCCUGUUUGAUUGGCUUCUGGAGCUGGGUUAAGAAAGUUCACCCGU